AUGAUCUACGGCGUCGGUUCCGCCCUCGGCGCCGCCCUGGGCGGUGCCAUGGCCGACCUCCUUGGCUGGCGCUGGGAAUUCGGCAUCCAGGUCCCUCCCCUGAUCAUCUGCUGCUUCAUCGCCGUCAUCGCCGUCCCCAGCGACUUGGGUCUCACAGGGAAGCAAGAGACCUUUGUCGAAGCCCUCAAGGCGUUUGACUUCAAGGGCUCGGUUCUCCUUACGAUAGCCAUCACCUUUUUCAUUCUCGGUCUGACACUAGGGUCUCACCCUCUCGUGAUUGCUUCGCUCGUCAUCUUUGGCGUGUGUUUCCCCCUGUUCCUCUACGUUCAGUCCUACGUCAGCCGUCCGAUCAUGCCUCUCUACCUCGUCCGUCGUUCGCCGCGCAUGAAUCUCAUCAUCUCCAACUUCUUCGCCGCUUUCCUCCACAACGCCAUCCUCUUCAACAUUCCCCUCUUCUUCCAGGCCGUCCUCUUAACAACCGCAACUUCCUCCGGCCUGCGCCUAGUUGUCCCGUCAGUAGUCUCGUCCCUGGUCGGCGCUGCCACGGGCUUCCUCAUCACCUACACCCGCCGCCUCAAGUGGCCCGUCCUCUCUGGCGCCAUUGCCCUUCUCAUCGGCAGCAUCGUCCUCUCCUUUAUGCGCCGUGGCUGGGCCUCGUGGGUCUACCUGCUGUGCCUUGUGCCCUUCUCCAUCGGCUCCGGCUUCCAGUUCCCGGGCUCCUUCAUGGCUGUACUGGCGGCGAGCGAGCAGCGCGAGCAGGCCGUCGUCACGAGUACACUCAUCCUCUGGCGCUCGCUGGGCAUGGUUCUCGGCGUCGCGAGCAGCGGUCUCGUCGUGCAGAACUCCCUGAUAAGGUACCUUGACAAGUAUGUCCAGGGGCCUGAGAAGGGGGAGGUGAUUCGCAAGGUAAGGGAGAGCGUGGAGUCGAUUGUGAAGCUGCCCGAGCUGUACCGCGAGCAGGUUGUCAUGAGUUACGAGGCGGCGCUGAGGACGACGUUCCUGUGCUGCACAGUGAUAGCGGUUCUCUCGGUCUGCCUGUUGGUCCCCAUCAAAUUGCCCAGGCUCGGCACCAGAAAGUAA